AUGGUUUUAGUGGAUGGUGGUCAUCGCGCUGUUAUCUUCGACCGCUUCAAAGGAGUUAGAGAAACUGUUAUCGGCGAGGGCACUCAUUUCAUUAUCCCAUGGGUGCAAAAGCCGAUUAUUUACGACAUCCGGUCGAAGCCCCGAAACAUUCCUGUAAUGACAGGUUCUAAGGAUCUUCAAACUGUCAACAUUACUCUGCGUAUCCUGUACCGACCAAAGGCCGAACUGCUUCCAAAAAUUUACUCGAACCUCGGCUUCGAUUACGAGGAACGCGUUUUGCCCUCCAUCACAACUGAAGUUCUCAAGGCUGUCGUUGCCCAGUUUGAUGCCAGUGAACUUAUAACUCAACGUGAGGUUGUCAGUCAACGAGUGAGCGACUCCCUGACGGAGCGUGCGUCAUCCUUUGGCAUCCUGCUCGACGACAUUGCACUGACCCAAAUCUCCUUCUCUUCGGAGUUCGCAGCGGCCGUUGAAGCUAAACAAGUAGCGCAACAAGAAGCUGAGCGGGCGCGCUUUUUGGUCGAAAAGGUGAGACUACUUGUAUACGGAGUUGGAGAUUUUGUCCACCAACAAGUUAUUCACUUGCGUACCUUCCACUUAACUUUACUUCUGAUCUGCGUUUUUAAGAGUGUUAUUGUGCAUUUAUUCAGUGUCAUAUUGGCAGAUUUGUCCUUGAUACAUAAGACUACCACACAAGUACUUACUUACUUACUUACUUGUACUUGUUACGGCUGUGAUCAUGCCUGA